CAGGCCGAGGCUCUGACACCUGCCCGAAAUGCUGCGGUUGUGAAGGUGGCAGGCGGCUAGGAGUUGACCCCUCUGGGCCACCUUCUGAGGACUUCCCCUGAGCCGGAGCUUGUAGGACCGGCGGUCAACCCCGGAUUUCAGCAGCAUUGUCUCCACCAUCACCCCCAGUUCGCAGCCAGCAGCUGGCCAGCUCUGUAGGGGCAGCGCUGGGGAAAGCCACAGAGCGAAGGUGUGUCAGGAAGAACUUCCUAACCAGUCAGCACUUAAAAGACUGAAGAGGUGGCUACAAAAAGUGACCUUGCGACCGUGUGAGCAAAGCCACCCUUGCAACCCAUGUGCAUCAUCUUCUUUAAGUUCGAUCCUCGUCCUGUUUCCAAAAACGCAUACAGGCUCAUAUUGGCAGCCAACAGAGAUGAAUCCUACAACAGGCCGUCCAAGUUGGCAGACUUCUGGGGGAACAACAGUGAGAUCCUCAGUGGGCUCGACAUGGAGGAAGGCAAGGCAGGAGGAACAUGGCUGGGCAUCAGCACACGUGGGAAGCUGGGAGCCCUCACCAACUACCUGCAGCCCCGGCAAGAGCCAGACGCCCGUGGUAGAGGUGAACUUGUGACUCACUUUCUGACCAGUGACAUGGACAGCAUGUCCUACCUGAAGAAGGUCUCCACAGAGAGCCACCUGUACAAUGGAUUUAACCUCAUAGCAGCUGACCUCAGCACAGCAAAAGGAGAUGUCAUUUGCUACUAUGGAAACCGGGGGGAGCCUGAGCCUGUUGUGUUGACGCCAGGAACCUAUGGCCUAAGCAAUGCCCUUCUGGAGACGCCCUGGAAGAAGCUGUGCUUUGGCAAACAACUCUUCAUGGACGUGGUGGAGCAGAGCGAGGCUCUCCCUAAAGACGCCCUUGUCUCCCAACUCCUAGAUGUACUCAACAAUGAGGAGGCACAGCUGCCAGACCCAGCCAUUGAGGACCAGGGCCGGGAGUAUGUACAGCCAAUACUGAGCAAGUAUGCAGCUGUGUGUGUCCGCUGUGCCACCUAUGGCACCAGAACCAACACCAUCAUCCUUGUGGAUACAGAUGGCCAUGUGACCUUCACUGAACGAAGCAUGCUGGACAAAGAUACCUCCAGCUGGGAGACCAACACCUAUGAGUUCACUCUACAGAGUUAGCCACUGCUAACUCUGCUAGGUUCUUAGGAUGCUGUGCCUCAAAUCCCAGGCAUGGAUAGGAACCUUCCAUGGCCACACUGC